AUGGCCGAUGACGCCCACGGUGAUGAGGUCCCCGCGUCGCUGGUCGAGCAGUUCGAUCUCGCGGCGACCUUCCCAUCGCAGGAGCUGGGUGCUGGCCGUUGGAAAGGCGGCAAAGGCGCUGUGCCACCUCCUCGCAAACGUGCUGCUCAUGAUCAUUCUGCUGCAGAGGCGGCUGACGGGAACGACGCCUGGUCGUCCGACGACUACCUUCGCCAGCUGUGCCGCGACGAGUUCGAUUCCAUGCGGGCUGCUCUCACUUCAACCGUCUCCGAGUCCAUCAGGGCCACCGCUGCUGAGAACCAUUCGGUGCUGCUGGGGUCCAUCGACAAACUUCGGGAGCAAGUCUCUGGUCAGUCCGCGGCGAUCGACCAACAGGUUCAGAACGUGGUUCGUCCCCAGGUUGAUGCCCUGUCUCGCAGGCUCCAGUCGCAGAUCGACGACCACAAGAAGCAGAUCGACGCAUGUGAACGGCGGCUGGGUGAUCACGACGACCAGCUCUCAGCUCUUCGUGCUGAAUUGGUUGAGCUGCGCCGCCAUCUUGCUGUCGCUGAACAACGCCCUCAGGCUCCUCCACAGAUCCCCACAGGCUUCGACAGAGACGCCGACUCCACCCUCCUCAUCGCGGUGGCCCAGCGUGCCACUUCUCUCGAGGCGAUGUCCGCCUGCCUUCAGAACUUCCUCUCGGAGACGGGUUUCGACUCCAGCGAGUACGAGAUCGUCUCCAAGGGCACCCUCCCGUGCAAACGCUUCGCGGUUCAAUUCAAGGGGAUGGUGCAACCAGCAUCAAGAAAGGUCCUGCGCGCCCUCUCAGCCCUCAAGGAUGAGAACGGGUGGAAAGCCUUCUUCGCCGACCUCCCCGGCUUGUCCGAGCGCACGCGCGUCCACAUGGGCCCCGACAAGUCGCCGAAGCAGGUCAAGAUGGAGUACGUCCUCAGGAAGUGCCGCGCCGCCUUCACCACCGAGUUCUCGUCGCUGCGCUUCUUCACAGAUCGGGACCGCGGGUUCCUCUCCAUCGGAUGGGACAAGAUUCUCAAGGUCGAGGUGGAGGCUGGGGAUGCUCCUCCUACUCUGCGCUGGGACGUCGCCAAGCUGGAGCGCCACGACAUCACCAAGGCCCGCGCCAUGCAGCUCACUUCUUUCCUCGCGGCCUCGGCGGACGAGCCCGCUGCUGGGGCCGAAGCAGCCAUCAAGCUUAACUACCUCUCCAAGCUCGGCCUCGACAAGUCCAUCGUCUCUUUGCAGGAGGUGCACCAAGACGCCCUCCAGCUGGAACACUUCGUGCAUCGGGUGUGCCCGCGGUCCACCGUUCUUUCGAGCUUCUGCGGGUCCGAACCUGCUGACCGCGCGCGUGGUGGCGUCGCAGUCCUGAUCCCUCCUCUCGAGCAUCUACCUGAGGAUCCCGUGCGUGUGGAGUCCCAUCCUUUGAUCCCUGGACGCGUGCUGAUGGUUGCCCUGCGCGCGACCCGCGCCUGCGUCUACCUCUUCAAUGUCCACAACCACGAGCUGGGGACCACUGCCAUCACAAGAGUUCGUGACGCUGUUCGUGCUGCUCUCGCGGAGGCUCGUGCCGGGCCACAGCGUGUCCUGGUGAUUCUGAAUGGGGACUUCAACAUCUCUGAGGAGUCCGCCAUGUCUCUGCUGGCACCAGUUGCGGCUUCUCGUCGUGGUGGCCGUCGGCACCACGCAGCCGCACCUGCCUGGAGGCCCAUCUUCGACGACAUGCCGGAGGUCCAGGGCAGCGAGCCGACCCACUUCGAGCGGGCAGCGGGCAAGGCCAGCAUCCUAGACUCUUAG